AUGUACGCGACACCUAGAUUCAAUGAACAUCAAACUGGGAAUGAGGAACUGGUACAAUCUGGAGCACGAGAUAUGUUAUUUGAUUGGAUUAUUAUUAUGAAAUAUGUAUUUGGUGGUUCUCAACGCCUCCAUUGA